AUGCUUACAACUGGUAGAUUUGAAUGGAUUGAUUCUGCAGUGCCUUCAUUUGAUGAUACAAGUCCCAUGUGGUGUCAUCAAAAUACAUGGAACGCAAUUGAUACUUUCAGUCUUUUAGAGCCAAAUUUUCAUAUUGAUCAGCAAGGAAAUCGAGAUGGAUGUGUUGCGCUCACUCGAUGGUCUGUGGGCGAUAUUUGUCUGAAUGAUGAAUUUUGUAUCAAACACAAAUAUCCAUUUGUCUGCGAAAAAUCUAGUUUUACUAUCCCAGUUCCUUGUCGUAAUAUUACUUGUCCACCAUUUACCGAGUGUAUCGAUAAUGCAAAUGAUUACAUUUGUGCACCACUAGCUCUUACAGAUUCUAUAGAUAAGAAAAAACGAUUAUCUCUAGGUCUAGGAAUAGGUUUUGGCUUAUUAGGAUUAUUCUUACUUAGUGGUCUCUCGCUCUGGUGGUACUGGCGACGGUCACGCAGUAUUCAACGGAAAUCUGGUGUUAGUGGCUUAAGUGUAGACAGUAUUGCAACUAAAGUUGAAAUUAAACCACAAAGAUCAAAAAUGGCAAGAGCAAUGUUGAAUCUUGAUGAUGAACUUCAAUGA